GCAUUCUGAGGGUGGAGUCUGAGCAGUCGAACUGCUGUAGCUCCUGCUAUCAUCGCUGCCGCCGCCGCUGCUCGGAGCGGACAGUUUUAACAGGGAGGAACCAAGGAAGAACCCAGCACCAGACAGGGCUCUUCUCACCGAGGAAGACGAACAAAAGAGAGCGCCACCGUCUGUUUACGUCCCCAGUGGUGGAAUAAACCAAGAAACGGGAAGAAGACAGGCAGCGGAGGAAAAAAGAAGAAGAAGGAGGAGAGGGAGAACCCGAGGCUGAUCGUCUGCCUGGGCCACAGAGCUGUCACUCAAACAUCUCUUACAACAGGUGUGAGCUACGUAGAGGUGCAGCGCAGCAAUCAUGGUGGCCCUGUCACUGAAGAUCGGCGUGGGGAACGUGGUGAAGACCAUGCAGUUUGAGCCCUCCACCAUGGUGUACGACGCCUGCCGCAUCAUCAGGGAGAGGGUUCCUGAGGCUCAGCUCGGCCAGCCCAAUGAUUAUGGGCUGUUUCUGUCCGAUGAAGAUCCAAAGAAAGGCAUCUGGCUGGAGGCAGGAAAAGCUCUGGAUUACUACAUGUUGAGGAAUGGGGACACUCUGGAUUACAAGAAGAAACAAAGGCCUCUGAAGAUCCGCAUGUUGGACGCCACAGUGAAGACCGUCAUGGUGGACGACUCCAAGAUCGUCAGCGACAUGCUCAUGACCAUCUGUGCCAGGAUAGGCAUCACAAACUACGACGAGUACUCGCUGGUGCGAGACAUCGGCGAAGAGAAGAAGGAGGAAACCACAGGCACGUUGAAGAGAGACAAGACCCUGCUGAGAGACGACAAAAAGAUGGAGAAGCUGAAGCAGAAGCUGCACACGGACGAUGAGUUGAACUGGUUGGACCACGGAAGGACGCUGAGAGAACAGGGUGUAGAGGAGACGGAGAUGUUGCUGCUCAGGAGAAAGUUCUUCUACUCGGACCAGAACGUAGACUCCAGAGAUCCUGUGCAGCUCAAUCUGCUCUAUGUGCAGGCUCGUGAUGACAUUCUGAACGGUUCUCAUCCCGUCUCUUUUGACAAAGCCUGUGAGUUUGCAGGUUAUCAGUGUCAGAUUCAGUUUGGGGACCACAACGAGUCCAAACACAAGCCUGGGUUCUUGGAUUUAAAAGAGUUCCUUCCCAAGGAAUACAUCAAGAAUAAAGGAGAGAAAAAGAUCUUUCAGGCUCAUAAAAACUGCCAGAACAUGACAGAGAUAGAGGCUAAAGUUAGCUACGUGAAGCAAGCGCGGUCCCUGAAGACCUAUGGAGUGUCCUUCUUUCUGGUCAAGGAAAAAAUGAAGGGCAAGAACAAACUGGUCCCUCGUCUGCUGGGCAUCACCAAGGAGAGUGUGAUGAGAGUGGAUGAGAAAACUAAGGAGGUGAUUCAAGAGUGGAACCUGACCAACAUCAAACGAUGGGCUGCUUCACCCAAAAGUUUCACCCUGGAUUUUGGAGACUAUCAGGACGGUUACUACUCAGUACAGACAACUGAGGGUGAGCAAAUCGCUCAGCUCAUCGCUGGAUACAUAGACAUCAUUCUGAAGAAGAAAAAAAGCAAAGACCACUUUGGUCUAGAAGGAGAUGAAGAGUCUACAAUGCUGGAAGAUUCUGUGUCCCCCAAAAAAUCCACUGUUCUUCAACAACAGUUCAACAGAGUAGGUAAAGUGGAGACGGGCUCUGUGGCUCUGCCCGCCAUCAUGCGUUCAGGAGCUGGAGGACCGGAAAGCUUCCAGAUGGGCUCCAUGCCUCAGGCCAGGCAGCACAUCACCAGUGGACAGAUGCACCGAGGCCACAUGCCUCCACUGACAUCAGCUCAACAAGCUCUGACUGGGACCAUCAACUCCAGCAUGCAGGCGGUCCAGGCCGCUCAGGCAUCUCUGGAUGACUUUGACACCCUGCCUCCACUGGGAACAGACGCGGCUUCCCAAGCAUGGCGCAAGAACAAGAUGGAUGAAUCCAAACAUGAGAUCCAUUCCCAGGUGGACGCCAUCACAGCAGGCACCGCCUCCAUGGUCAACCUCACGGCAGGUGACCCGGCAGAGACUGACUACACCGCAGUGGGCUGCGCCGUGACCACCAUCUCCUCCAAUCUGACGGAGAUGUCAAAGGGAGUCAAACUGCUGGCCGCUCUCAUGGAGGAUGAAGGAGCAAAUGGGCAACAGCUGCUCGGCGCAGCUAAGAACCUGGCCUGUGCUGUGUCUGACAUGCUGAAGACGGCUCAACCAGCAAACACAGAGCCACGUCAGAACCUGCUGCAAGCUGCCGGGAACGUUGGUCAGGCCAGUGGAGAACUGCUGUCACACAUCGGAGAGACAGACACGGACCCACAGUUCCAGUGUUCAGGGAGAGGAUCUGUCAGGGAUGCGCAGGGGAGAACUCUCACUUAUUAUCAGAUCCUGGACAUGCUGAUGCAUCUCGCCAAAGCGGUGGCCAACGCUGCUGCAGCUCUGGUACUCAGAGCGAAAAACGUGGCCCAAAAGACGGAGGACUCGGCCCAGCAGAACCGUGUGAUCGCCGCCGCCACUCAGUGCGCUCUGUCCACGUCUCAGCUGGUGGCCUGCACCAGGGUGGUGGCACCGACCAUCAGCUCCCCCGUAUGCCAGGAACAGCUGAUCGAGGCGGGUAAACUUGUCGCCAAGUCUGUGGAAGGCUGUGUGGAGGCCUCGCAGGGCGCCACCAACGACGAAGGCCUCCUUAAGCAGGUGGGCGUGGCCGCCUCAGGCGUCACCCAAGCCCUCAAUGAGCUCCUGCAGCACAUCAAACAAUACGGCAGUGGGGGGCAUCCCAUUGGACGCCACGGAGAAGCAACUGACCGCAUCCUGGAUGUCACAGAAAACAUCUUCAGCUCCAUGGGAGAUGCAGGUGAGAUGGUUCGUCAGGCUCGUAUCCUCGCCCAGGCAACCUCCGACCUGGUCAAUGCCAUCAAAAUGGACGCAGAGGGCGAGUCAGACCUGGAGAACUCCCGCAAACUGCUGUCAGCGGCCAAACUGCUGGCUGAUGCCACUGCCAAGAUGGUGGAAGCAGCAAAGGGUGCAGCGGCCAAUCCAGACAGCGAGGAGCAGCAGCAGAAGCUGCGGGAGGCUGCUGAAGGUCUCCGCAUGGCCACUAAUGCCGCCGCCCAGAAUGCGAUCAAGAAACGUCUGGUCAACAAGCUGGAGAACGCAGCCAGACAGGCCGCAGCUGCAGCCACUCAGACCAUCGCCGCCUCCCAGCACGCUGCUUCAACCAACAAGAACCAGGCAGCGCAGCAGCAGCUGGUCCAAAGCUGCAAGGCAGUGGCAGACCAGAUCCCACACCUGGUCCAGGGAGUCCGAGGCAGCCAGGCUCAACCCGACAGUCCCAGCGCUCAGCUUGCUCUCAUUAGCGCCAGCCAGAACUUCCUGCAGCCUGGCGCCAAGAUGGUCACGGCCUCAAAGGCCACUGUGCCCACCAUCAGUGACCAGGCAUCAGCGAUGCAGCUCAGUCAGUGCGCUAAGAACCUGGCCAGUGCUCUGGCCGAGCUCCGCACGGCCUCGCAGAAGGCUCAGGAAGCCUGUGGUCCACUGGAGAUAGACAACGCUCUGUCUGUGGUCAGAGACCUGGAGAAGGACAUGCACGAGGCCAAGGCUUCAGCAGAGGCAGGCAAACUCAAACCACUGCCAGGAGAGACGUUGGAGAAAUGUUCCCAGGAUCUGGGCACCAGCACCAAGGCUGUAAGUUCUGCCAUUGCACAGCUGCUGAGUGAAGCCACGCAGGGCAAUGAGAACUACACAGGCAUGGCAGCCAGAGAUGUCGCUCAGGCUCUGAAGUCUAUUGCCUCAGCUGCCAGAGGAGUCGCUGCCACCACAGAGGACCCCUUGGCUCGUAACGCAAUGCUGGACUGCGCCGGUGAUGUCAUGGACAAAUCCGCCAACCUUAUCGAAGAGACCAAGAGGGCCAUCACUAAACCGGGAGAUGCAGAGAGUCAGCAGAGGCUGGCACAGGUAGCGAAGGCAGUGUCUCAGGCGCUCAACAGGUGUGUGAACUGCCUUCCUGGACAGAGAGACGUGGACAACGCCAUCCGCACCGUGGGCGAAGCCAGCAAGACACUGCUGGGUGACUCUUUCCCAGCCAGUGGGAGGAGCUUCCAGGAGGUGCAGGCGCAGCUCAACGAGGUCGCCGCAGGUCUGAAUCAGUCCGCCAAUGAGGUAGUCCAGGCGUCCAGAGGAACCACACAGGACCUAGCCCGGGCAACCAGCAAGUUUGGACAAGACUUUAGCAACUUCCUGGAUGCUGGUGUGGACAUGGCAGGAACAUCUCAGUCUAAGGAGGAUCAGACACAGGUGGUGUCCAACCUGAAGACCAUAUCCAUGUCCUCAAGUAAACUUCUGCUGGCAGCUAAAGCUCUGUCCACUGACCCCAACUCCCCCAACCUUAAGAACCAGCUGGCUGCUGCAGCUCGUGCGGUGACCGACAGCAUCAACCAGCUCAUCACCAUGUGCACUCAGCAGGCCCCGGGUCAGAAGGAGUGUGACAAUGCUCUCAGAGAGCUGGAGUCGGUGAGAGGGAUGCUGGAGAACCCAACAGAGGCCCUCAAUGAUAUGUCGUACUUCGACUGCAUCGACAGCGUCAUGGAGAAUUCCAAGGUUCUUGGUGAAUCCAUGGCUGGAAUCUCCCACAAUGCCAAGAACUCCAAUCUACCAGAGUUUGGUGAUUCAGUCAGUGGCGGUUCCAAGGCUCUGUGUGGUCUGACUGAAGCUGCUACACAGGCAGCCUACCUGGUGGGAGUGUCUGACCCCAACAGCUCAGCAGGUCAGAAAGGCCUGGUGGAUCCUGCCCAGUUUGCCCGAGCCAACCAGUCCAUUCAGAUGGCCUGUCAGAACCUGGUGGACCCUGCCUGCACACAGUCUCAGGUUCUGUCGGCCGCCACCAUCGUGGCCAAACACACCUCAGCUCUGUGUAACGCCUGUCGCCUGGCCUCGUCUAGAACUCCCAACCCUGUUGCCAAAAGACAGUUUGUGCAGUCUGCCAAGGAAGUUGCCAAUACGACAGCUAACCUGGUCAAGUCCAUUAAGGCUUUGGACGGAGCCUUCAACCAUGAGAACAGAGAGAAGUGUAAAGCUGCCACCGGCCCUCUGAUCGAAGCUGUGGACAAUCUCACCGCCUUUGCCUCCAACCCUGAGUUCGCCAGCAUUCCCGCUCAGAUCAGCUCUGAGGGUCAUGCAGCCAUGGAGCCCAUCCUGUUAGCAGCAAAGACGAUGUUGGAGAGUUCCACCGGCCUGAUACAGACGGCACGCUCUCUGGCUGUCAACCCCAAAGACCCGCCCAAGUGGUCAGUGCUGGCUGGACAUUCGAGAACUGUGUCUGACUCCAUCAAAAAGCUCAUCACCAACAUGAGAGAAAAUGCUCCCGGUCAGAGAGAGUGUGACGAUGCCAUUGAGGUGCUGAACGGCUGCAUCCGUGAGGUGGAUCAGGCGUCUUUGGCUGCCAUUAGUCAACAGCUAACACCCAGAGAUGACAUCUCCAUGGAGACUCUCCAUGAACAGAUGGCUGCCUCAGUCCAUGAGAUCAGUAACCUUAUUGACCCCGUUGGUGUGGCUGCACGGUCCGAGGCGUCCCAGCUGGGACACAAGGUGUCUCAGAUGGCCAGCUACUUUGAGCCACUGAUCAUGGCAGCCAUCGGCACAGCUUCCAAGAUUGUGAGCAGCCAACAGCAGAUGGCGGUCUUAGACCAAACCAAGACCCUGACUGAAUCUGCCCUGCAGAUGCUCUACACUGCCAAGGAGGCCGGAGGAAAUCCCAAGGCUGCUCACAUGCAGGAGGCUCUGGAAGAGUCGGUGCAGAUGAUGAAAGAGGCCGUGGACGAUCUGGGCGCGACUCUGGCCGAAGCUGCGAGCGCUGCAGGAGCUGUGGGCGGCAUGGUGGACUCCAUCAAUGACGCCAUCAACAAAAUGGAAGACGCUCCUGAUAUGGAACCUGAAGGCACCUUCGUGGACUACCAGACGACCAUGGUCAAGACGGCCAAGGCCAUCGCUGUCACUGUGCAGGAGAUGGUGACCAAGUCAAACAACAACCCAGAUGACCUCGGAGGAGUGGCCAACCAGCUGACCAAUGAGUUUGGAAAUCUGGCCAAUGAGGCCAAAUAUGCAGCAAUCACUGCUGAGAAUGAUGAGAUUGGUUCUCACAUAAAAAAGCAGGUGAGCGAGCUGGGAUUCAGCUGCACGAGUCUGGUGACCAAGGCUGGAGCUCUGCAGUGCAGCCCCAACGAUUCCUUCACCAAGAAGGAGCUGAUAGAAAAUGCCCGCAAAGUCUCAGAGAAGGUUUCCCAUGUGUUGGCGUCCCUACAAGCAGGAAACCGCGGAACACAGGCCUGCAUCACAGCAUCCAGCGCUGUAGCCGGCAUCAUCGCAGACCUGGACACCACCAUCAUGUUUGCUACCGCUGGAACUUUGAACCGAGAGAAUGAAGAAACAUUUGCUGACCACAGAGAAUACAUCCUAAAGACAGCCAAGGCUCUGGUGGAGGACACCAAACUGCUGGUGUCUGGCGCCGGAUCCAGUCAGGAGAAACUGGCCCAGGCCGCUCAGUCCUCAGUGACUACCAUCACCAAACUGGCAGAUGUUGUCAAACUGGGAGCGGCCAGUCUUGGAAAUGAGGAUCCAGAGACCCAGGUCGUCCUGAUCAAUGCAGUGAAAGAUGUGGCCAAAGCUCUGGGUAACCUCAUCAGCUCCACCAAAGCUGCUGCAGGCAAACCUCACGAUGACCCCAGCAUGCUGCAGCUGAAGAACUCGGCAAAGGUCAUGGUGACCAACGUAACGUCCCUCCUGAAGACGGUGAAGGCGGUGGAGGACGAGGCCACCAAAGGCACCAGGGCUUUGGAGGCAACAAUUGAACACAUUAAACAGGAGCUGACUGUUUUUAAUAGCUCUGAACCACCAGCAAAGACCACCACUCCUGAGGAGUUCAUCCGCAUGACCAAAGGAAUCACAAUGGCCACGGCAAAGGCAGUGGCUGCUGGGAACUCGUGCCGUCAGGAGGACGUCAUCGCCACGGCCAACCUCAGCAGGCGGGCAAUCGCUGAAAUGCUGCAGUCCUGCAAACAAGCUGCCUACCACCCUGAGGUCAGCAAAGAGGUUCCGCAGAGAGCUCUGCACUACGGCAGCGAAUGUGCCACUGGGUACCUGGGUCUGUUGGAGCACGUGUUGGUGGUCAUCCAGAAACCAACUCAUGACCUGAAGCAGCACUUAGCCAAUUACUCCAAACGAGUGGCUGGCUCCGUCACUGAGCUCAUCCAGGCUGCAGAGGCCAUGAAAGGCACCGAGUGGGUGGACCCCGAGGACCCCACUGUCAUUGCAGAGAACGAGCUGCUGGGAGCGGCCGCGGCCAUUGAAGCUGCUGCCAAGAAACUGGAGCAGCUGAGGCCCAGAACCAAACCCAAGGAAGCAGACGAGAGCCUGAACUUCGAGGAGCAGAUUCUGGAGGCGGCCAAGUCCAUCGCUGCCGCUACUAGUGCUCUGGUCAAAGCAGCUUCAGCCGCUCAGAGGGAGCUGGUGGCUCAAGGGAAGGUGGGCGCCAUCCCGGCCAAUGCAGCCGAUGAUGGACAGUGGUCUCAGGGUCUGAUCUCAGCCGCUCGAAUGGUCGCGGCAGCCACCAACAACCUGUGCGAGGCGGCCAACUCCGCAGUACAGGGACACGCCAGCGAGGAGAAGCUCAUCUCGUCAGCCAAGCAGGUGGCCGCGUCCACCGCUCAGCUGCUGGUCGCCUGUAAGGUCAAGGCUGACCACAACUCGCAGACCAUGAAGAGGCUCCAGGCUGCUGGAAACGCUGUGAAGCGUGCAUCUGAUAACCUGGUGAAAGCAGCUCAGAAAGCAGCCUUUGACGAACAGGACGCUCAGAACGUGGUGGUGAAGACCAAGAUGGUGGGAGGCAUCGCUCAGAUUCUCGCUGCUCAGGAGGAGAUGCUAAGGAAAGAGCGGGAGCUGAAAGAGGCCAGACAGAAGCUGGCCAUGAUCCGAAAGCAGCAGUACAAGUUUCUGCCAUUAGAGCUGAGGGACGAAGGCCCUGAGCAGUGAGAGUGAGUGAGAGAGAGAGAGAGAGAGAGACCGUGUGUGUGUGUGUGUGUGUGUGUGUGUGUGUGUGAGUGCAUGUGUGUGUUUGUGUGCGUAGACGCUCGCUCAGGACCCUCCCACAGCUUCCACAUAACAUCUAGUAGACGAACUCCUCGUCACACAGAUGCUUUAGUCUGUUUGUCUAUUUAAUUUCCCAAACUGCAGGCAAUGACAAUGAUAUUGAAAUUAAGCAGUUUUGACAAAUAUUCAUGUCAAACCUUUAAAUCUAUUAAUUAAAUAUGAACAUAUCAUCACACAUAUCUUUUUUUUUUUGUUUUUGUCCUCUGUCGUUACAUAAUGACGUGCCAGUACUUCCUGCCCUCACUGACGCUUCUAUGCAAACUGUGCAUGAGAAAUGCAAUCCCUCUAUGCAGAUGACUGUGUGUUUUGUACGUAUGUUCGUAUGUUAACGGACUUCAGCUUGGAAAAAGAAAAUUACAUAUAAAAUAACUUUGCGACAGAACAAAUCACGGUGAGAAUUUUUUUUUUAUCUGAGCUAUGAACUGUAUUAAUGGUGUGUUCAGUAAUAUCUGAAUAAACAUUUUUGGGUUAUUUUUCUUUUGUGUUGUUAGUUUUAUAAUUUAAACAGCUGCAGUAUUGAGGCCUGGAUUCGAUUGGAUUAGAUUUGGUAGGAGUGGAUUAGACUUGAUUACAGAAUUGCAUAAAACUAUAUUAGAUUAGAAUAGAUUAAAUUAGAAUAGUUUAGAUUAGAUUAUUAGUGAAAAAAAUGAUAAAGCCAUAUAUUUAACUUCAGGCCAUUUUUGGGGGACAAAGCAUUUUUUUACGCAGCAGUUGCGUUGUGUGUAUUUCCUGUCUAUCUGGGGAUUACUUCACUUUUAUUCAGAUUACUUUAUAGUUACCUAGAACUAUUUUGUUUAGAGUUAGCUCUUGGUUAAUCAGGAUUAUUUUGUCAUUGAACAGGAUUAUUUUCCAGAUUCUGGUUAAUCAGGGAGACGUCAGGACCUGACUUCCUGUCUGAUUAUGACAACAGAGUUUUGAUAGAAUCGAUGCGCACUCUUUGUCACAGUAUAUCACUGCUUAUUAAGUGCCUUAUGCGUAAAGAAACUAUAAAGAUCUGACACCUUUGUAUCUUGUUGCACUUCCUUCAUUCGAACCUCAUAUAAACACACGUUCACACUUUUCACCUCUUGUUGUGUUAUCCUUGUUUUUUGAGCAAACCAAACAUGUUUAACAAUAAACAAAAAUGACUGUAAUCACUUUUUUUUAAAUCGGUUUUUGUUCACAUUUCUGACGGUAGCAGUGUAACUCUGGUGCGCAACAGCAGCACCUACUGGCCACUGUAAUAGAGGUUUAUAUUCAAUAAAGUUGGUUUUACCAUUAA